UACCCGAUCAUGUGAUCAAUGGGAGAGGGCUGAAGGGAAGGAGUCGUUGAAAUCGGCUAUCAGCUGUCUCUUUCACCCUGAAGACACCGGAGGAGGAGGACCAAAAUGUGCACCAGCGUCCAGCCUAUUGAAUGGACCACUGACCUCAAAAACCACAAUUUUGAUGGCAUCGUGUUGGUGACCCAGAGCCAUGACACGCUGCCCUCUGAGCUCGAGUGUCUGAAAGCUCCACUGCAGGACUACAGCUCUGUGGACAGCGGUCUGGGGGAGGAGGUGGUGGUCCUGAAGGUCCCUGGUCUCCCUGGUAACCGCCUGGUGUUUGCCUCUACGGGCCCGGUAAACCGUGACUAUGAUGAUGUCAGGCGCUUCAGUGAUGCAGCGGUCAACGGCAUGAAGCGGGCCUUGAAAACGGGCAUGCAGCGCCCCCUGUUGGUCUGCCCCACACACAAGGACUACAAGAACAGCACGAUGGUGGCUGCACUCGGGGCCCUUCAUGCUCUCUACAUGCCCCUGGAAGUGAGGGAAGGGAAUGUAAAGCCCAGCGACUACAAGGUGUGUGCUCUGGGUCUGUGGGCAGCUCAGGAGGCUCAGGGAAAGAGACUGGUGGAGCUCGCUGAUGCUCUGGAGAGUGGCCGACUGGCGUGUCGUGACAUUGGCGGCUCAGACCCUGAACGUAUGGCUGCUCCUCGUGUGGCCGAUUACGUCCAGGAACUCUUUAAGGACAGCCCUGUGAAGGUCGAAGUGCUGAGCGACGUGAAAGUUCUGGAGAAAGAGUAUCCCUGUCUGGCUGCUGUCAACCGCUGUGCCAACAGUGUUCCCCGUCACCAGGGCAGAGUCAUCAAGCUGCAGUACUGCGGAGAGGGACCAGUCCAAAAGACGCUCAUGUUGGUGGGAAAGGGCAUCACCUAUGACACUGGUGGAGCCGACAUCAAGGCCGGUGGUUUCAUGGCCGGGAUGCACAGAGACAAGUGUGGAGCUGCUGCUGUGGCCGGCUUCUUCCAGAUUUUAGCCAAACUGAAGCCAAAACACCUGAAGGUUAUCGGCUCCAUGGCCAUGGUGAGGAACAGUGUUGGCUCAGACUGCUAUGUUGCUGAUGAGCUGGUGGUUUCCCGUGCGGGUCGCAGAGUGAGAGUGGGAAACACUGAUGCAGAGGGACGCAUGGCAAUGGUCGACCUGCUCUGUGAGAUGAAGGAGAAGGCGGUGCGUGAGACUUCUCCUCAGCUGUUUACUAUCGCUACUCUGACUGGCCACGCCAUCAGAGCCAUGGGACCCAACUACUCCAUCAUCAUGGAUAACGGACCGGCUCAUCGCAAUGCAAAUGCUGCUCAAUGGCAGAAAGCUGGAGAGGCGUUGGGCGAUGUGUUCGAGGUGUCCAGUAUCAGACGAGAGGACUACGACUUCCACAAGGGAAAGUCAGAGUACGAGGAUAUUCUGCAGUGCAACAACUUGCCGUCCUCCGCUACACCUCGUGGACAUCAGACCCCUGCAGCUUUCCUCAUCAUGGCCUCGGGGCUUGACAAGCACGGUGUGGAUUCUAGCUCACCUCUGCCGUACUCCCACAUCGACAUCGCUGGGUCCAGUGGUCCUUUCCCCGGUGUCCCAACAGGAGCCCCCAUCCUCGCUAUGGCAACCAACUACAUCCUGUCUGACAGUUUGUAAAGGGUCGCCCAGUAGAGGAAAACCUUGGCCUCUACAAUCAAUGCCAACACAACUUUAGAACCGUCCAAAAAUAAAGUCCCUGCCACAACACGUAAUGCAAAAUGUGCAAUUUUACAAGUCCAACAUUCCUUUAUACCUCAGAUUGCUUUUCUGCAAAAAUGUUCUCUGCUCUCUUUUCUAAGAUCUUGUCACAUACACAUCCUGCCUACACCAAGUGUCAUGACCCUGCUGUUAAGUGGCCUGUAUCAGUAUUUACUAGGGGGUUGAAUGGCAGUAUAAGAAUACCAUCCUUUUUAUAUCUGUGUCUGUGUGUGUAUGUGUGUGUGUGACAAACCAAGGACGCGGUUGUGUGAUUAGUGAUGCUGUGUGCCAGUCAAACCAAGCACUUCUCCUUGAUUAAUAAAAUAAAAUUUCAAUUUAAAGUGA